AUGGCCAAGAUUUCUACGCUGAUGACCACCACUAUCUGUACUUGCCUGCUCUUUUUGAUAUGUUUCCAUGAAGCCUUGCAUGUGGAGGGAAGGCAUUUGAAGUCCGGGCCGAGCUCAAGGCAUAGUGAGAACAUGGUGAUGAGGACUUCCAGUCCGAGCACUAAUGAUGAUCACCGUAACGCUAGUGAUGGCCAUGGUUCGCUGCAAGCUGAUCAUGGUCAGCCAAGAAAGGUUGAACAUGUUACUGACGAUUUUCGUCCCACGACACCUGGUCACAGUCCCGGCGUUGGUCACUCUAUUCCAAGAAAGGUAGAACAUGAUACUGACGAUUUUCGACCCACGUCACCCAGUCACAGUCCCGGCGUUGGUCACUCCAUUAAAAACUGA